AUGCACGUGUCCCGGAACAAGGCAAACGUGCAGAUUUCCGGUGUUGGUCAAGUACCUACAAAAACUUCGCAGAAGGUUCGAGCCACGGUCAAGUCCAGAUUGUCGAAGUACUGCGAGGUCAUGGAGUUUUACGUUUUGGCCAAGGUGACUGAAGAUCUACCAACCUCCCCGGUGGAACCAACUAGCUGGACUGUUCCCGAAGGUGUCCAACUGGCGGACCCUGAAUUCUUCAGAACCAACCCUAUUGAUGUUUUGCUCGGCGGAGAGUUCUUCUUUAACUUCUUCCCAUCCAAACAGAGGAUCUCGCUUGGAGCAGGAUUACCAUCCCUGGUCGAAUCGGUGUUCGGCUGGAUCGUGACUGGCAGGUGUGGCUGGAACCGUGGUGAAGCACCGAUCGUAUGCCAGCAUUCAACCGUAACAGAAACCUUGGAGGAGAUUAUGACCAAAUUCUGGGAAUGCGAGGACGGAGGAUUUACUUCCGAUUAUUCCGUGGAGGAGAGCACGUGCGAGGACCACUACGUACGCACCGUCAAGCGAGGUGGAGACGGUCGGUACACCGUUGGAAUGCCAAAGUCGGCUGAUUUGCACAUCAAGCUAGGAGAAUCGAAAAGCGCUGCUGAUCGUCGUCUUCUUUUCCUUGAGAGAAGGUUGGCUCGCGACGAUGACCUGAAGAAGGAGUACCAUGCGUUCAUGAAGGAUUACUUGGACAGGAACCACAUGUGCAAGAUCAUCGAAGACCCGACAAGCACCGCGACCACCUACUACCUCCCACACCACCCCGUCAUCCGAAGUUCCAGCACAACAACGCGCGUCCGUGUCGUAUUUGAUGCGUCAAGCAAAACCUCCACUGGGACAUCCUAA